CCCCAGAACUCCAACCUGGUGCUCCAAGCCGACCGCUCUCUGAUCGACCGCACGCGCCGGGACGAGCCCACGGGGGAGGUCCUGUCCCUGGUGGGGAAGCUGGAGGGGACCCGCAUGGGGGACAAGGCCCAGAGGACCAAACCCCAAAUGCAGGAGGAGAGAAGAGCCAAGAGGAGGAAGAGGGACGAGGACCGGCACGACAUCAACAAGAUGAAGGGCUACACGCUGCUGUCGGAGGGCAUCGACGAGAUGGUGGGCAUCAUCUACAAACCCAAAACCAAGGAGACGCGCGAGACCUACGAGGUCCUGCUCAGCUUCAUCCAGGCCGCCCUGGGCGACCAGCCCCGGGACAUCCUGUGCGGGGCGGCCGACGAGGUCCUGGCCGUGCUGAAGAACGAGAAGCUGCGCGACAAGGAGCGGCGCAAGGAGGUGGAGCUGCUGCUGGGCCCCACCGACGACACGCGCUACCACGUGCUGGUCAACCUGGGCAAGAAGAUCACCGACUACGGCGGCGACAAGGACAUCCAGAACAUGGAUGACAACAUCGACGAGACCUACGGGGUCAACGUUCAGUUCGAGUCCGACGAGGAGGUGGGGACGGCCCCGGCCCCGUUCGCCCCGAAACCCGGGGGUCAGCCCGGCCCUUUUCCUAAAUCCCAUUUUCCUAAAGUUGGGCUUUUCCAGCUGGUGGCCUCAGGGGAGCUGAUGAGCUCCAAGAAGAAGGAUCUCCACCCCCGGGACAUCGACGCCUUCUGGCUGCAGCGCCAGCUCAGCCGCUUCUACGACGACGCCAUCGUCUCCCAGAAAAAGGCAGAUGAGGUCCUGGAGAUCCUCAAGACUGCCAGCGACGACCGGGAAUGUGAGAACCAGCUGGUGCUGCUGCUGGGCUUCAACACCUUCGACUUUAUCAAGGUCCUCAGGCAGCACAGGAUGAUGAUCCUGUACUGCACCUUGCUGGCCAGCGCGCAGAGCGAGGCGGAGAAGGAGCGCAUCAUGGGCAAGAUGGAGGCCGACCCCGAGCUCUCCAAAUUCCUCUACCAGCUCCACGAGACGGAAAAAGAGGAUCUGAUCCGGGAGGAGCGCUCCCGGCGGGAACGCGUGCGCCAAUCCCGCAUGGACACCGACCUGGAAUCCAUGGAUCUGGACCAGGGAGGAGAGGUAAAAUCCAUGGAUUUGCUCCCAAAACACCCCCAGCUAUCCCAAAAACUAUUUGAUCCCACAGGGAAGAUGGAUUCCCACUUGGAAUCUCAAUUGGUUCCUGUGGAGAAACUCCCCAAGUAUGCCCAGGCCGGCUUCGAGGGCUUCAAAACCCUCAACAGGAUCCAGAGCAAAUUGUUCCGCGCCGCGCUGGAGAGCGACGAGAACCUGCUGCUCUGCGCCCCCACGGGCGCGGGGAAGACCAACGUGGCGCUGAUGUGCAUGCUGCGGGAGAUCGGCAAGCACAUCAACAUGGACGGCACCAUCAACGUGGACGACUUCAAGAUCAUCUACAUCGCGCCCAUGAGGUCCCUGGUGCAGGAGAUGGUCGGGAGCUUCAGCAAGCGUUUGGCCACCUACGGGAUCACGGUGGCCGAGCUGACCGGGGACCACCAGCUGUGCAAGGAGGAGAUCAGCGCCACGCAGAUCAUCGUCUGCACGCCCGAGAAGUGGGACAUCAUCACGCGCAAGGGCGGCGAGCGCACCUACACCCAGCUGGUGCGGCUGGUCAUCCUGGAUGAGAUCCAUCUCCUCCACGACGACCGCGGGCCCGUGCUGGAGUCUCUGGUGGCCAGGGCCAUCCGCAACAUCGAGAUGACGCAGGAGGACGUGCGGCUGGUGGGGCUCAGCGCCACCCUGCCCAACUACGAGGACGUGGCCACCUUCCUGCGGGUGGACCCGGCCAAGGGCUUGUUCUACUUCGACAACAGCUUCCGGCCGGUGCCGCUGGAGCAGACCUACGUGGGCAUCACGGAGAAGAAGGCCAUCAAGCGCUUCCAGAUCAUGAACGAGAUCGUCUACGAGAAGAUCAUGGAGCACGCCGGCAAGAACCAGGUGCUGGUGUUCGUGCACUCGCGGAAGGAGACCGGCAAGACGGCGCGCGCCAUCCGGGACAUGUGCCUGGAGAAGGACACGCUGGGGCUCUUCCUCAGGGAGGGCUCGGCCUCCACCGAGGUGCUGCGCACCGAGGCCGAGCAGUGCAAGAUCCGGCGGGAAAACGGGGAGAUCCGGCGGGAAAACGGGGAAAUACGGCGGGGAAACGGGGAAAUACGGCGGGGAAACGGGGAAAUACGGCGGGGAAACGGGGAGAUCCGGCGGGGAAACGGGGAGAUCCGGCGGGGAAACGGGGAGAUCCGGCAGGAAAACGGGGAAAUCCGGCAGGAAAACGGGGAGAUCCGGCGGGAAAACGGGGAGAUCCGGCGGGAAAACGGGGAGAUCCGGCGGGGAAACGGGGAGAUCCGGCGGGAAAACGGGGAGAUCCGGCGGGGAAACGGGGAAAUACGGCGGGAAAACGGGGAAAUCCGGCAGGGAAACGGGGAGAUCCGGCGGGGAAAACGGGGAAAUCCGGCGGGGAAACGGGGAAAUCCGGCGGGGAAACGGGGAAAUCCGGCGGCGAAACGGGGAGAUCCGGCAGGAAAACGGGGAAAUACGGCGGGAAAACGGGGAAAUCCGGCGGGGAAAACUGAGAAAUCCGGCGGGGAAAAACCAGGGAAAAUUGGGAAAAAUCGGGGAAAUGCGGUCCUGGUGUCCACGGCCACGCUGGCCUGGGGCGUGAACCUGCCGGCGCACACGGUGAUCAUCAAGGGCACGCAGGUCUACAGCCCGGAGAAGGGGCGCUGGACGGAGCUGGGAGCGCUGGACAUCCUCCAGAUGUUGGGCCGUGCCGGGAGGCCCCAGUACGACACGAAAGGAGAAGGAAUUCUCAUCACUUCCCACGGAGAGCUCCAGUAUUACCUGUCCCUGCUCAACCAGCAGCUGCCCAUCGAGAGCCAGAUGGUGGCCAAGCUCCCGGACAUGCUCAACGCCGAGGCCGUGCUGGGGAAUGUCCAAAAUGCCAAGGACGCGCUCAACUGGCUGGGCUACACCUACCUGUACAUCCGCAUGCUGCGCUCGCCCGGCCUCUACGGCAUCUCCCACGAGGAGCUGAAGGCGGAUCCGCUCCUGGAGCAGCGGCGCCUCGACCUCGUCCACACCGCGGCCCUCAUGCUCGACAAGAACAACCUGGUCAAGUACGACAAGAAAACCGGGAAUUUCCAGGUGACGGAGCUGGGCCGCAUCGCCAGCCAUUACUACAUCACCAACGAGACGGUGCAGACGUACAACCAGCUGCUGAAGCCCACCCUGAGCGAGAUCGAGCUCUUCCGCGUCUUCUCGCUGUCCUCGGAGUUCCGCAACAUCACCGUGCGCGAGGAGGAGAAGCUGGAGCUGCAGAAGCUCCUGGAGCGAGUCCCGAUCCCGGUGAAGGAGAGCAUCGAGGAGCCCAGUGCCAAGAUCAACGUCCUGCUCCAGGCCUUCAUCUCACAGCUGAAGCUGGAGGGGUUCGCCCUCAUGGCCGACAUGGUCUACGUCACCCAGUCGGCCGGGAGGCUGAUGAGAGCCAUCUUUGAGAUCGUCCUGAACCGCGGCUGGGCCCAGCUCACCGACAAGACCCUCAACCUCUGCAAGAUGAUCGACAAGCGCAUGUGGCAGUCCAUGUGUCCCCUGCGCCAGUUCAAGAAGCUGCCCGAGGAGGUGGUGAAGAAGAUCGAGAAGAAGAAUUUCCCCUUCGAGCGCCUCUACGACCUCAACCACAACGAGAUCGGAGAGCUGAUCCGGAUGCCGAAAAUGGGGAAAACCAUCCAUAAAUACGUGCACCUGUUCCCGAAGCUGGAGCUGUCGGUGCACCUGCAGCCCAUCACGCGCUCCACGCUCAAGGUGGAGCUCACCAUCGCGCCCGACUUCCAGUGGGACGAGAAGGUUCAUGGCUCCUCGGAGGCUUUCUGGAUCCUGGUGGAGGAUGUGGACAGCGAGGUGAUCCUGCACCACGAAUAUUUCCUGCUCAAGGCCAAAUAUGCCCAGGAUGAGCACCUGGUGACAUUUUUUGUGCCCGUCUUCGAGCCCCUGCCCCCUCAGUAUUUCAUCCGGGUGGUGUCCGACCGCUGGCUCUCCUGUGAGACCCAACUUCCCGUUUCCUUCCGGCACCUGAUCCUUCCGGAGAAAUACCCGCCGCCCACGGAGCUGCUGGACCUGCAGCCGCUGCCGGUGUCGGCGCUGCGCAACAGCGCCUUCGAGAGCCUCUACCAGGACAAGUUCCCCUUCUUCAACCCCAUCCAGACUCAAGUGUUCAACACGGUGUACAACAGCGACGACAACGUCUUCGUGGGCGCGCCCACCGGCAGCGGCAAAACCAUCUGCGCCGAGUUCGCCAUCCUCCGCAUGCUCCUCCAGAAUUCCGAGGGUCGCUGCGUCUACAUCACCCCCAUGGAGGCCCUGGCCGAGCAGGUUUUCAUGGAUUGGUACGAGAAAUUCCAGGAGCGCCUCAACAAGAAGGUGGUGCUGCUCACCGGGGAGACCAGCACGGACCUGAAGCUGCUGGGAAAAGGGAACAUCAUCAUCAGCACCCCGGAAAAGUGGGAUAUCCUCUCCCGCCGCUGGAAGCAGCGCAAGAACGUCCAGAACGUCAACCUGUUCAUCGUGGAUGAAGUGCACCUGAUCGGGGGCGAGAACGGGCCCGUGCUGGAGGUGAUCUGCUCGCGCAUGCGCUACAUCUCGUCGCAGAUCGAGCGGCCGAUCCGCAUCGUGGCGCUGAGCUCCUCGCUGUCCAACGCCAAGGACGUGGCGCACUGGCUGGGCUGCAGCGCCACGGCCACCUUCAACUUCCACCCCAACGUGCGCCCCGUGCCCCUGGAGCUGCACAUCCAGGGUUUCAACAUCAGCCACACGCAGACGCGGCUGCUGUCCAUGGCCAAGCCCGUCUACCACGCCGUGAUGAAGCACUCGCCCAAAAAACCCGUCCUGGUCUUCGUCCCCUCCCGCAAGCAGACCCGGCUCACGGCCAUCAACAUCCUGACCACCUGCGCCUCCGACGUCCAGCGCCACAGGUUCCUGCACUGCGCCGAGAAGGACCUGGUGCCCUACCUGGAGAAGCUGAGCGACCCCACGCUGAAGGAGACGCUGGUGAACGGCGUCGGGUACCUGCACGAGGGGCUGACGGCCAUGGAGCGCCGCGUGGUGGAGCAGCUCUUCAGCUCCGGAGCCGUGCAGGUGAUGGUGGCCUCACGCAGCCUCUGCUGGGGCAUGAACAUCUCGGCACACCUGGUGAUCAUCAUGGACACGCAGUACUACAACGGCAAGAUCCACGCGUACGUGGACUACCCCAUCUACGACGUGCUGCAGAUGGUCGGCCAUGCCAACCGCCCGCUGCAGGACGACGAGGGGCGCUGCGUCAUCAUGUGCCAGGGCUCCAAGAAGGAUUUCUUCAAGAAGUUCCUGUACGAGCCGCUGCCGGUGGAGUCACACCUGGACCACUGCAUGCACGACCACUUCAACGCCGAGAUCGUCACCAAGACCAUCGAGAACAAGCAGGACGCCGUGGACUACCUGACCUGGACCUUCCUGUACCGCAGGAUGACCCAGAACCCCAACUACUACAACCUGCAAGGCGUGUCCCACCGGCACCUGUCGGAUCACCUGUCGGAGCUGGUGGAGCAGACCCUCAGCGACCUGGAGCAGUCCAAGUGCAUCAGCAUCGAGGACGAGAUGGACGUGGCGCCGCUCAACCUGGGCAUGAUCGCCGCCUACUACUACAUCAACUACACCACCAUAGAACUGUUCAGCAUGUCCCUCAACGCCAAGACCAAGGUGCGGGGGCUGCUGGAGAUCAUCUCCAACGCCGCCGAGUACGAGAACAUCCCCAUCCGGCACCACGAGGACAACCUGCUGCGCCAGUGUGUCAUGUGUCCGUGUGUCGUGUGUCCGUGUGUCCAGGCCAUCCGGCUGAUCCAGGCCUGCGUGGACGUGCUGUCCAGCAAUGGGUGGCUGAGCCCGGCGCUGGCCGCCAUGGAGCUGGCCCAGAUGGUCACCCAGGCCAUGUGGUCCAAGGACUCGUACCUGAAGCAGCUGCCCCACUUCACCUCGGAGCACAUCAAACGCUGCGCCGACAAGGGCGUGGAGAGCGUGUUCGACAUCAUGGAGAUGGAGGACGAGGAGCGCACGGCGCUGCUGCAGCUGCCCGAGGCGCAGAUCGCCGACGUGGCGCGCUUCUGCAACCGCUACCCCAACAUCGAGCUGUCCUACGAGGUGGGGGACAGGGACAACAUCCGCAGCGGUGGCCCCGUGGUGGUGCUGGUGCAGCUGGAGCGUGAGGAGGAGGUCACGGGGCCGGUCAUCGCGCCCCUGUUCCCACAGAAGCGUGAGGAGGGCUGGUGGGUGGUGAUCGGGGACUCCAAGUCCAACAGCCUCAUCUCCAUCAAGCGCCUGACGCUGCAGCAGAAGGCCAAGGUGAAGCUGGAUUUCGUGGCGCCGGCGGCGGGCACGCAGCACUACACGCUGUUCUUCAUGAGCGACGCCUACAUGGGCUGCGACCAGGAGUACAAGUUCAGCGUGGACGUCAAGGAGGCCGAGAGCGACUCCGACUCCGACUGAGCCCGGAAGAAUCGGCCCCCGGAAUUCCAGGAAUCCCAGGGAAACCCGGAAUCGGCCCCCGGAAUUCCAGGAAUCCCAGGGAAACCCGGAAUCGGCCCCCGGAAUUCCAGAUAUCCCAGGGAAACCCAAAAAUCCUACAGAACCCCAAACAUCCCAGGGAAACCCGGAAUCGGCCCCCGGAAUUCCAGAUAUCCCAGGGAAACCCGGAAUCGGCCCCCGGAAUUCCAGGAAUCCCAGGGAAACCCAGAAUCGGCCCCCGGAAUUCCAGAUAUUCCAGGGAAACCCGGAAUCGGCCCCCGGAAUUCCAGAUAUCCCAGGGAAACCCGAAAAUCCCACAGAAUCCCAAAAAUCCCAGGGAAACCCCACGUUGCCCUUCAGAAUCCCAAAAGUCCCAGGGAAACCUGGAAUCGUCCCUCGGAAUUCCAGAAAUCCCAGUCAAAACCCGAAAAUCCCACAGAAUCCCAAAUAUCCCAGGGAAACCUGAAACUGGCCCUUGGAAUUCCAAAUAUUCCAGGGAAACCCAAAACUGGUCCUCGGAAUUCCAGAAAUCCCAGGGAAACCCAAAACUGGCCCUCAGAAUUCCAGAUAUCCCAGGAAAACCCAAAAACCCCAGUAAAAACCCACAAAAUCCCAAAAUAUUCCAGAGAAAAACCCCAAAUCCCACAGAUUCCCAGUAAAACCCCUCAGAAUCCCAAAAUAUCCCACCCAAAUUCUGUAAAAUACCAGAAAAUUCCCUAAAAAUUCCCUAAAUCCCGCAGAUCCCGCUCCCAUUAGGGUUUGGAUGUUUUGUACAGUUUUUUUUAGGAUGGAAAAUAAACUUUGGGAUGCGACUCGG